UUAGGCCACGGAUUUACAAAUUAACCAUCUACUCAUGAUGACCUUCGGGAUUGGCACAGUAGAAACUAGUAGAUACUUGAGUAAACUCGCUAGGGACAGGCGGAAGCCAGCCCAUACCAAUCACGUAGCCCCAGCGUUGGUCGGUCCGGGCGGCAUUCAAUUCCUUCAGGGUAUGGCUGAUGUGUCUAAAUCACGGAAUCAGUCACGAAAUCCUACAUCUCCUUCGACCAACCGUUCUCGCGAGUUGUGCGAAAGCAUAUCUCCGGAUAGGACAUCGAGUCCAGACUCCAUGAAUGUGUCACGAUGCAUCAUGUACCUUGCAGUGUGUGUAGCACGUUCGGACUCGAGUCUAGUCCUUCAAGUUGAAAGUUCGGGGGACGACGCUCUGGGAGAAAUUUGGGCGAUAAACGACCAGUACUGUCCUGAUCACGUCUUGGCUGAAAAGAAAUACAUAGUAACGGGCGAUGUGUUUUGUGUCGUGGCAUAUACAGUUUCGGUGCUUCGGAGACGCAAACUAGCUGUAACGUUACGCAGUAAAGCACGAGUUCAGAUUGAUCUCGAUGAACUCAUCCUUAAAGUGGUUGCCAUGCAUCAAUCAGUUACGACUGUCCAGACAGACAGACUACUAUUAGACUGUCGGUAG